AUGAAGACUAGUGGUGGCCGAUUGCGUCCACUUGUAGCUGUACUUGGCCCAACUGGUUCUGGAAAAUCACAAAUAGCAUUUGCAUUGGCCAAAAAAUUUAAUGGAAGCAUUAUAAAUGCUGAUGCUAUGCAGAUGUACAAAGGAUUAAAUAUUAUUACCAAUAAACCCACUCCUUCUGAGUUAAACGCGUGUCCUCAUCAUUUAAUUGACUUUUUGGACCCUUUAUAUGAAAAUUAUAAUGUCAAGAUGUACAAGACCUAUGAGGGGUGUAGUAGACCUGAAUGCUAUUGUGUAUAUAAAUUAGAUGCCACAGGAUCCAAGGAUCUGUCGACAGACGUAAUUCCAAUGGCAAUUACCAUUGUUGCGGACUAUUUGGCUGUAUUGUCUCUGGUGAUUAUAAUUCAGAAACAAUCAUUACCCCUGCCGGAGACAAUUACGUUAUAUCAGGUUAAUGAAAGUAUUAAACUUUUUUUCAAUAAACUUAAAACAGGUUCUCAGAUAUUACCCGAUCAGUAUGCAAACUGUCAAGCAAUGCAAGCACUUUUUAAGAUUAUCAAAAUACCAUAUAAUGUAGAAUAUUAUAAAAAUGCAGAAGAAAUUUCUCCAAACGGUUAA